CUGAGGAGGCGAGCUCGGUCGGGGCAGCGGGUUCGUGAGCGCGGCGGGACGGGCGCACGGCGGAGAGCUGGGCGUCGCGGCGACAGCUGCUGUCCGGCGGCGGGAGAGAGGCGGUGGCGGCCCCGCCGCUCCUACUGCUCCUGCUGCAGCUGCUGCCACCGCUGCUGCCGCUGAGGAAAAGCAUGUGUGCGGAGUUUGGUGGCAGAAUAUUUCAGGUACGUGGGCAGUCUGUGGCAGAUACAUCUGAAGCAAGUGUGACUGGCUGAAGAGGUGGCUGAAUUUGGAGACACAGAAGUGCUGGCAAGCCCAGGAAGAUAACUAAUUGGAAGAAUAUUGCUAGACACAGAAGAAGUGGAACACUUACUUCUGCAACAGACAGUGACUCAGGAUAAAUACAUCGGUAAAAUCAUCAGCCGUGAAAAGAAAGACUUUGGUGUUUUUCAUUCUCUGGUGGAUUGCAUUACUUACAGACAUUUUCGUUAUCCCAUUUAAUACAUCUUGAAUUUCUCUGUAUAUAAAACUAUAACUGGACAAUUGCAUUUUGAUACUGUUUAAUAACACUUUUGAAUGUUAAAUCAUUUGCCAAGAUGAGUGCUGAGGGAUAUCAAUACAGAGCUUUAUAUGACUACAAAAAAGAGCGAGAAGAAGACAUUGACUUGCACUUAGGAGAUAUAUUAACUGUGAAUAAAGGUACCUUAUUAGCACUUGGAUUCAGUGAAGGGGAAGAAGCAAAGCCUGAGGAAAUUGGUUGGUUGAAUGGCUUUAAUGAAACCACAGGGGAGAGGGGGGAUUUCCCAGGAACUUACGUAGAGUACAUCGGAAGAAAAAAAAUAUCUCCCCCCACUCCAAAGCCUCGUCCUCCUCGGCCUCUUCCAGUAGCACCAAGUCCUGCGAAAGCUGAAGCAGAGAGUGAGCAACCAGCUUGUUCCCUUCCAGAUCUUACAGAGCAGUUUGCACCUCCUGAUGUUGCUUCACCGAUUCUUAUCAAGAUAGUAGAGACAAUUGAAAAGAAAGGUCUGGAGUGCCCAACUUUGUAUGGGGCACAAGGCUCAAGCAGUGCAGUGGAAUUAAGACAAAUUUUUGAAUGUGAUGCCUCUUCAUUAGAUUUAGAGACAUUCGAUAUUCAUACUUUAUCAGAUGCUCUGAAGAGGUAUAUCCUGGACCUGCCAAAUCCCAUCAUUCCAGCAGCUGUUUACAGUGACAUGAUUUCUGUAGCUCAAGAAGUGCAGAGCUCAGAGGAAUAUGCUCAGUUACUGAAGAAACUGAUCAGAUCUCCAAAUAUACCUCCCCAGUAUUGGCUCACACUCCAGUAUUUGCUCAAACAUUUCCUCAGAGUUUGUCAAGCCUCCAGCAAAAAUCUCUUGAAUGCAAGGUCUCUGGCUGAAAUUUUCAGCCCUCUGCUUUUCAAAUUCCAGAUAGCAAGCUCUGAUAAUACAGAACACCACAUAAAAAUCCUAGAGGUUUUGAUCACAAGUGAAUGGAAUGAGAGACAGCCUGUACCAGCCCUGCCUCCUAAGCCACCGAAACCUAAUACUGUAACUAACAAUAGCAUGAAUAACAACAUGUCAUUACAAGACGCUGAAUGGUACUGGGGAGAUAUCUCAAGAGAAGAAGUAAAUGAGAAACUUCGAGACACAGCUGAUGGUACCUUUUUGGUACGAGAUGCUUCAACCAAAAUGCAUGGGGACUACACACUUACACUGAGGAAAGGAGGAAAUAACAAAUUAAUCAAAAUUUUUCAUCGAGAUGGAAAAUACGGUUUUUCUGACCCAUUAACUUUCAACUCUGUGGUCGAGCUAAUAAACCACUACCGGAAUGAAUCUCUAGCCCAGUAUAAUCCUAAACUGGAUGUAAAAUUACUCUACCCAGUAUCUAAGUAUCAGCAGGAUCAAGUUGUAAAAGAGGAUAGCAUUGAAGCAGUGGGAAAGAAGUUACAUGAAUAUAAUACCCAGUUCCAAGAAAAAAGCAGAGAAUAUGACMGACUCUAUGAAGACUACACAAGAACAUCUCAGGAAAUUCAAAUGAAAAGAACAGCCAUUGAGGCAUUUAAUGAAACAAUAAAAAUAUUUGAAGAGCAGUGCCAAACACAAGAAAGAUACAGUAAGGAAUACAUUGAAAAAUUUAAACGAGAAGGAAAUGAAAAAGAAAUACAAAGAAUCAUGCACAACUAUGAAAAACUGAAGUCUCGGAUAAGUGAAAUUGUGGAUAGCAGGCGCAGAUUAGAAGAAGACUUAAAGAAGCAAGCAGCUGAAUACAGAGAGAUAGACAAGCGUAUGAACAGCAUUAAGCCAGACCUCAUACAGCUGAGGAAGACAAGAGAUCAGUACUUGAUGUGGCUGACUCAAAAAGGUGUUCGGCAAAAGAAGCUAAAUGAAUGGCUUGGAAAUGAAAAUGCAGAAGACCAAUACUCUAUGGUAGAAGAUGAUGAGGACUUGCCCCAUCAUGAUGAGAGAACAUGGAAUGUGGGAAAUAUCAACAGAAGCCAAGCUGAAAAUCUGCUGCGGGGAAAGCGAGACGGAACAUUCCUUGUUCGAGAGAGCAGCAAACAAGGCUGCUAUGCCUGCUCUGUGGUGGUGGAUGGUGAAGUAAAGCACUGUGUGAUAAACAAAACACCUACUGGGUAUGGAUUUGCAGAGCCAUAUAACUUGUACAACUCGCUCAAAGAACUGGUGCUACAUUACCAACACACGUCACUUGUGCAGCACAAUGACUCUCUCAAUGUCACACUAGCCUACCCAGUAUAUGCACAGCAGAGGCGAUGAAGAUCUUAAUAUUCUGGGUUGUUUGUGGUUUGUUUUUUUUUUUUAAGAAAUGAUUUGGCAACAUUGAGGCCUCUGGAAAGAAAAGGCUUCUUUCAGCUUUACUGAAGAAUUUGCAGUAUCAAAGCUAUCUGUCUUCAGAUGGGACUAGAGAUUUCCUUCACAACUGCAGUGGGAGAGAUCACAGCGUUAAGCUGUGAAUGUAUGUUUGUAAUCUGAAGUGCUUUUUUUUUUUUUUUUUUUUUAAUUAAAAAAAG